GCAAAAGGUCGCGAUGUGGUAUUAUUUCGGAAUCAUCGUGUUUUUCCUCGAUUAAUUUCAGAGUCAAGUUGCAAGCAAUUUUUCUCCAGUGAAGGAAUGUCUAUUGUGGUAAAGCUGUUGGCUGAAAAUCAGGUACUGCAUAGUAACGCAGUGCCUAAUUGCGAUAGUGAAACGUAAAAUUAAUUAAAUAGCAUUUAUUCUUCUCAACCAGUAAGAGUGCCGCAACCUGGCUGAUUGUUUGUAUUGUCAUGCACGUCAAAUUAUCAUACAUGUUUGCUUCCAUAUUAUUGCAUCAUUCUAAUUAUUAAAUUGUAGUAUUGGGGUUUAAACAUUUUUUGGCUUAUUGAAUUAACUAUAGAAUUGUGAAGAAUUACAAAAGUCAGCUACCUGUGUUUUACACACAUAUUUAGAGCAAACCAGUAAGUAUUGGCGCCUAUUUUUAAUGCAACGUGCAUUAUACAGUAGUGGUUGGGGCAAAAAUGACCAAGUCAUAUAGAGAUAGAUAUAGACAGAUAAAUGGGGAGGGGGGUUUGUGAUGGAUGACUGUGAUCUCCUUUAUUUCAUCUGAAAUUUCAGUGUUAAAAGUAGACACUAGAAAGUAGACAACUAUCUUUUCGCUCUUUGAGAUGUAAUUAGAGAUUGGUUCAGCAUAAUCAUUAACUCAUUUAACUGGAAUAUGUUUACUGGUGAUAUCCUCAUUAUAAGUACAAAACAUUAAGAGAAUAUGGUUUUAGGCAUACACGCAGUAUGGUAUGUACCGUAGCAGCUUGUAACAGUCCUUAGAAAUUACUUUACAUUGAGCUAAAUAAAAGAAGUUAGCGAAAAAGAGGUUCUGAAAUGUAACGGUUUAAUGGCCUAAAUUUCAAGCUGGAGGUUUAAGGUCUAGUAGUUUUUUAUGUGGAUCAGUAGUUUUUAUUGUACACACUUUCAUUGGUGCAUAAAAAUCUGGCAUAUCACUAAUGACGUCAAACUGUAUGAGAACUAGGUUUUGAAUUGGCUUUAUUUAGGCAUUAAUUUCUUCUUUCAUCGCUGUCUUGUAUUAUAGAAUCAAUAAUUCCGGAAUUUAUGGACAAAGUAUUAACCUCAGAUCUAUUACGUGAUGACCUAGCUCUUCAAGCACAGAAGAUCCAAGGUAUGAGAUUGUAAAACUAAAUACGAAUAAUUACGUAUGCAUUCCUAUUGUUUUUUAUAUAGUGCAUGAUGUAUUUCUCCAGUAUUGUAUAUCGUUAAAGUUCUAUAUUUGUUAUAAAUUUUAACUGUAUAAAAAAUUACAAGCCUCACACAAGAUGUGUAGGAAGCAAGUUGACGUUAGAGGCCUAGGGGGUAUUGUAGUAAUAUAUACUUUUUCUAAGAAGUCAUUUCGCUGUUUUGAUAGCCCGCUCACCUUGCCGUUUCCUUGUGGAUAUUUGUGGGAGCUUGUCACAUGUUUGACCAUGCGGCAGUAAACACGCGACCGUACUGUUGAGCAUUUUCUGAUAUUACCUGGUCAGGAAUACUGGGGAUGGGCAAAUAUCUCUUUGAGGGCUUCAAUAGUGCAUUUUCUAAUUGUUUCAUCGCGCAGUAACCGCAGUUUCGCGCAGAAUCGCCUCGUGUCCACCACGAUUAUGUAUUUCUCCCGCCAAAUCAUGUAAAUCAGUGCCAAUCCUUUGGCAAGGUAACUCAUUAGCACAGGUGGUACACUGGGGGACAAGGUUUUCUAUUUGUUUUGAUAGUCCAGGAACCACACUGAUGUACGAGUUCUAGACCACAUUUCGUUAUUCGAAGGUGACCAUUGUGAAUGUGAUCAAGAAUUGUUUGCCUCAUUGCUCUUGGAAGCACAAGGUGGGCAUCGUGUGAAAUGAUUUUGUGGAAUGACUUCUGUUUUCCCGGUAUGGUCGCAUGAUGGGUUGAUAGUCAUGUAUGCCUGUAUGGUGGCCAUCCAUUCUGGCAAAAUAAGGAUCUCACUUCUGAUCAUCGUGCAACUACACUAUAGCGUUCAAAACGUUGUAGUAACUUUGGCCAAAGAUCCGCCUGACUUCAGUUAUUUGCAUCGUACUUUCCAAGAAGAGGCAAAGUUGAUUGAGAUGCUUUAGCAGUGCUGUUAAAAAGCGUCUUGUGAUUCAUCCAUGUCGGCUCUUACACCGCUGCUAGGUCUAUAUACUAUGUAGUAUUCGUAAAAUAAAGUUGGAACCAUUGAUGGUUAAUUAAUUGGACAUGGAAUCCGUAAUAUAAUAAUACAACAAACAACGACACGUUUUAAUGACGAACGUUAUUUCUACAUGUGCUAACCAGCAAGUCAUCCUGUCUGGCAAAUGCUAUACAGUAUAUCCACGAUUAUACCUUAUAUUGCCUGUAAGUAGGGAAAACAUAAAAUAAGAGUUACUUCGUCUGCUUAAAUAAUAUUUAACUUUUUUACAAUUGGAAGAGCAUCACUUAUAUGUGCGAAGUACAACUGCUCGAAAGUAAGCUACUGUAUAAACUAAAAUAACUGUAUUUAAGCUUGAUAGUUUCAUCAGUUCUGUCUUAACUGAUCUUUUUAGACGGAACGAUGGAAAAUGAGGUUAGGCACACUUUUACAAUUGUAAUUUUGUUAUUUUUCAGAGAAUAAGCGAAGUUCAAUUCAAGCUGAAGGUGAACUACGUAAAAUCACUACGGAGAACAGGAUCUGUUAUAAUGACAGUGAUGAUAUCAUGGAAACUAAAAGUAACGUUUCGGGGGAACAAAGUGAUGUUGCUAAUAGAAUAGAAGAUCUCACGAAAGAAGUUCGUUGUUUAAAACAAAUUUUUACGACUAAAGAGGUGAUGCGAGCCUACAAUAUUUAACAUAUCCAGUAUAGGGACGGAUCUAGGCCCAUCUGGUAGGGUGUUACUAAUUUUCAACCCCACAUACUAUCAAUUAAAAACCAUAACCCAUAGUUCGGAGAGAGAUGACUUUGGAAUGCUAGCUCCAACCAUAUAAGAUCUAGAAUAUACCGCAACAGAUCUACCAAUUAAUUAGGAUGUAUAAUUUAAAUAGUUCAUUUAAAGUCUUUAAAUUAACUAUUUAAAUUAACUAUUUUCUACAUUUCACCUUGCAUUUCCUUGCAUUAUCAUAACAGUCGUAACUAGGCAUGUCAAUUAUCGAUAAAAGUAAAGUUGAUGGCAACGGGCAUAAACAUGCAUUUGGCGAUUGGAUUGAUUUAUCAAAUUGUCAGCCUGUUCAAGGCCGACUGUUUUAUUAAUCAUAUGAUAAAUUCCCAUAGGAAUACUUUCAACAAUCAGUCACAAACAAUCUUAUUAAACGUUUGAUGGAUAUGAUGAAUACUAGAAGCGAUUCACGAGAUAUAACUUCAAGUGUUAAUAAAGAUGGAAUCGAGAAUAAUAACACAGUGAGCGAUACCUGUGCUUUUACAUCCCGUGGUCAAGCCAGUAGCGUUAUUGAAAAUAAUCGAAGAAACACAGAUGUUGUGCGAAGCAGGAACAUGGCUGAUGGUGAAUGUGUCAGUGGUGGUAAAAUUUUAUCCAACGAAGGAAGAGGGAUCGCAGUGAAGAACAAGGGUUGCAGUGAGAUUGUUAGAGACAAUAUAACAAACUAUAUGGAGCAUAACAACAUUGGUCAAGGCAACAAUACCAUAGUUAAGCAGACUGGAAAUGUAAACAACUCUACGACCAAAGUAAGCGUUAGUAGAACAAAGAAGACCAGCAUUGGCAGUAUUCACUAUGAGCCUGAAAUAUCAUCUAAUAAAAGAGCUACCAACAAUGCUAAUGAUUCUUUUGCGAGUGUUUCAGAUAAAAAUAUCAACCCCGAAAGUGACGAAAACACGAACAUUGUCAAGGAUAACGACAGCAUGUCAGUUGGCGGGACUCAAGCGAUGCAGUUGAAAGACUGUGCUAAUAUACACCAUAUUAGUGAGGGUGUAAUUACAGUCAAAGGUAACGAUAUUUCUUGUGAGAGAAACAGCAUCGCAUGUUCACAGAAUGUUGAUGAUACCUUGUGUGACAGAGAAUAUACGAAAUCAUUCAGCAAUAAGUCCAAAAAUAGUUUAUGCAAUAACAACUCUGUGGACAAUAAUUGCAAUGUAAUCGAUGUAAAUAGAGAUGAAGAUCAACAUUGUCAAGUCCAAUAUAAUGAAGUUCCAAGAUCAAUUGAGGAUCCAAGAUCAAUGAAGUUCCAAGAUCAUGAACAACAAAAAUAUCAACAAAGGCAUAUACCAGAUCUUGUCUCUGAUUUCGAUUUGUGUGAUCAAACAUCCAAAAAAGAAGUAUGUGGUACAAAUAAUAGAAGUGAGGGUUGUAGAAUGGUAGAAGAUGUGACAGAAAGACCGUGCAUAAUUUCCAAUAGUUACCAUGACCAAACCAAUUCUCUUGCUAACCCCACCCAAAUAUCCGCCCAACAGAAUGCUACUGGAAAUGCAAUCGAAGAUUUUUCAAAAAAUUGUCCGAAAACUAGUGACGGUGUUAGCAAGAGUAAAGAAGCUGGGAACAUACGUUAUGGAGACACUCCUAACAACCAGAAGACAAGUGAGUAAGCUAUAUAGAAAUUCUACUGCAUGUACAUAAAUGUAAACGUGCAUUGCCAUGAUUUUUUAGCAUGGCAAUGCACGUUUACAUUUAUGCACAUGCAGUAGAAUUUCAAAGAAUUUCUGUUCCAUUAUUGGUAAUCCAUUAUUUUACCUGAGGAAAAUGUUAAUUAAACUAAUUUAAUUAUAUUACCCCUAUGCAUGUGAACAGCCAUGUAAUGUACCGAUGCUUUCUUAACACCAAAUCAACAAAAAUGUACAUUAUACUAACUUUAAUAGGGCAUUACUCACAGUUUAUUUUGCAUUCUAAAUGAACAAUUCAGCAAUUUUAGUCAGUCUCAGAUAAAAUAUUUUAUAGCCCCCUAUAAUCCUAUAUGAUAAGAAACGAACAGCUUGAACUACAAAGGACAUGGGAACUAUUUUAUAAUUAUAAAUACAAUUUUUGGUCGUCUCCUGGUUUCUGCAUGGCUGUUCUGUAUACGCUCAACCGCUGUAUAAAUGUAGUCGUUGUAACGAGGGGGAAAAGCCACUAAUGAAACUGAAUCUGAGUAAGUUUAAUUUGCCGUCGCGGUUAUAUUUACAAUUGACACUAAUUGAAAUUAAUAAUUAUGAGCUUUUAAUGUUUCGCUUUGUCAAAUGUUGACGAUUUUCCUGUUGUUCCAUAGCUUGUUUAUGGUAAAAAAACGUCGAAGUGUUAUAGUUUAUUACAGUAUUUAGGUUUUUAUGAACUUUGAAAUAAACAACAUUUUUUAUACAGGCCCUUCAUUAGUUGUUACAGAUAAACUACGCGUUCCUCUUUUGAGUUCCUCAAUUGAUUGUAAUUUUCCUUAUUACGUUUGCAAAUUUGAAGCACUUUGCCAUCCCUUAAGGCAAUUUGCAAUGUUUCUAAAAACCAGUUAGAAGUUCCUCACAUCCUGUUCUGUUCUACGCGUUGUGAUUGGCUAACAAAAAUAGAGACCUUACGAUUUUAGGACGGCAACGCGACGGCAACGGCUACCAAUACAAUAGAUCAUUGAAAAGAAUUGGGUAAUUACAAUAUAUGAAUAAUUUAGACAUUGUCCUCGCUCUGUUUACAACGCCAAAUCACAGAUUUUCACGUCUUGAUACAACGGCUGCAUUCCAAGCCGCAACAAGGGCAACUUCAAACUGGGUUUAGCAGAACUCUUCCCAACCAUAAAACCCAUGUCUUCAACUUCUAAAACUGUAUUAAAUUCAUACGAUUGAUAAUAUACCACGAACUAUUUUUACUACUAUUUAUUUGAAGGAGUUUGUUUUGGCCGUUGCCGUCCUAAAAUCGUAAGGUCUCUAAUAAUCCGCCAAUGACAACGCACGGAACAGGAAGUAGGAAAUUUAAAAUGGAAGUUAGUAAAAUUCAAAGGGAAGUUUCUUUGCUCUGCUUUAGGAAUAUUGGAGGGACGUUUUCAGUCAAAUUAGUCAUUCCGAAGUGGAUGAGAGGACUGGGGACGAGUGUUAAAAAGUGCCCAAAUGAAGAAAUGAAACUAAAAAGACCACCUCAAAAUUAGUAAGUAUACAAAAUUUGAAGACAUUUACAUGAAUACCCUUCGAAUAAUAAGCUUUUGAAAAUCGCGAUAUUUACUAUGAAAUGUACUGUAAUUUUUGUUUUUGGAGACGCGCGUCCCAAAAACAAUCUUUUAAUCAGUAAUUUCACAAUUUUCGAAAACUUAUUAUUCGAAGGGUAUUCAUGUAAACGUCUUCAAACUUUGUAUACUUACUAAUUUUGAGGUGGUCUUUUAGUGACUAGGUUCAUUUCUUAAUUUGAGAAUUUUUUAACACUCGUCCCCAGUUCACUUAUCAACUUCGGAAUGGCUAAUUUGCAAAAGUAAUGGGAAAAUUGCAAUCAAGUUAGGAACUCAAAAGACGAACGCUUGACGCAGCCUCCUCCGCAGGCAACUCUUGAAACACCGCAAAUAAAUUCAUAGCUGGGGGAUAGUUAACUAUCGCUUAACUAUCAAAUCAACUAUCCCUGACUAUCCCUCAUGUAUUUCGAUACGCUUGACGUAGUUAUGUCAAUAAAUAACAAAGUGGGCGGAAGAGUUGCCUGAGUAUCAGGCCCUGUUUUCCUAUUCUUAAAUGUGCAUGGAUGAAUGUGAAGAGAUUUUAGCGAACCUAUUUCGCUGUAGCCUGCACACUGAGGUCUCCUCCACUCGCCUGACACCAGAAAACCUCUGAAUCCAGGGUACUCGUGAUAGGCCUGACUUUUGGGUAAUUAGUCCCGCGACCAUCAAUUCUAUGCUAUAUUAAUGAUAGAUUGAUACAUGUUGUCAACUGUAUGCAAAGAAUCGCUCAAUAAUAUUUCUAUCAUCAUAGUUCCUACCAAUACCAGAGCCGGCAAACGACCGCAUUUAACGACAUCAAAACAGGGAAUGAGCGGAUGUAGACAACCCAAACGAAGGCUGCAAAUGUCAGAAUUAGUUGAUGGAGGUGAAUAUUUGUCAGACAUUGAAGAAUCCUUAUCUGAAUCUUCAGACGAAGAUGUCGCCGUGACGAAUAAUGGUUUUCCGGUGAAGCAUGCUGUGACAUCGAAAGUGCCCAUGCCACCUUUAGGAGGAAAACUAUCCCAGCCGUUGAUAUUUAAACAUAGCCCGAAGGUGAGGUUGACAAGGCUGUCAAUUUUCAUUCAAUCUCAGAUGUGAAAAUCAGUUUCAAUUGUUUAGAGUGUCUUAAAACAAGACAGGGUUCUAUACCACAAAGAAAUGUUGCACAACAAUUUUUUGCUUGUUGCUGGGUUGGAUACAUUGCAUUUAUCCAAAGCCACGUGACCAAAAAUCGGCCAGUCACAUUUAGCGUUAAGCACUAAACAUAUUUAUUUCAGGCUUCAUGAGUGAUUUAUUCUUUUAAUUAUUUUAAUUUUAAUUUUAGAUUAUUCCUAAAUGUCUCGGAUGUCGUUGUGACUUCGCCAAAGUGAACAGUCGGAAUUUUCUGAGCAGUUUACGCUGUAGUAUAAACACGUGUUCUGAACAUCGUAUGUUUGUUACGAACGUAAUUACUGCUCUGAGAAGAUACCAAAAUUUCUUGCAAACAAAGAAAAGAUCUCCAGAUUUUGAUUUUCUGGAGUCUCCAAAACGGAAUGUUCGCUGUGAUGAUUCACCCACUAAGGUAUACAAAAAGGGGCUUAGUGGGACUUGUUUUUUUUUGCAGCCGUGCGCAAUAAGUCAGCACACUAUUCUUGACGCUGUUUGCGUUUCUCCAGUGUUCACUCGUGCCCAGUCGAUUGCGCAAUCUGAUGUCCACUGAGGCUGAGUAAUUUCCACGCUAAUUAGCAUUAGGAAAUUAUAAUUAGCAAACGUAAUAAACAAAAUUAGUUUUACAAGCGAAUUAUAUCGUUACGAUUUGAACUGAUUUAAUUUAAAAGUUUGUCGGCACAAUCGAAGAUGCCUUGCUAGCAACAUAAUUAUACCCAUACAACUAUAUGUUUCGACAAUAAAGUACUAACCUUUUCGCGUUGUUUUGCCAUUUUGUACAAAAUAACUACAGUAUAUGAUAAUAUUACCAUUGAUCAGCCGUGAGCUAAUUAAGAAAAACUUCAUAUUGAUUUAGUGAAGCAAUGUAUGGAAGGUCUUUAGUUGUUUGGAUAUAGAAAGGGCGAAGGAUUGCUGCAGCAUGCAUGUAUUUUCUAGUAUACUAUCAUAAUUUAUAUAUAUAUAUAUAUAUCAUCUAGUGUAAAUGCAUUAGUAUACUACUCACGUAUUUUGGUAUAUCUGAUUUAUCAUUUUAACGCUAAUGUGUUGCCUUAAGUGGAUAUGUUGUGUUGUAGAUAAUGAGGAAGGUAAAGUCGAAGAAGAAGAGUUCAAGACGUCCAAAAACACCUUUUUCUACGAAUGAGAUUGAAAUUCUUAAACACGGUUAG